AUGAAUUUGAUCCUGCGGGCUUGCGGCCUCAGAAAGCCGUCGCCGCCGCCGCCCGUGGAGCCGGCGGCUUGGCGCCGGCGCGGGACGCUUCCGGUAAGUCCUCUCGUCGACCUGCCCGUCUCGGCGCUCUGGCGCUGCGCACUGUUCGGCGAGCUGUCGACGUUCCACGGCCUCAUCGUCGUCAUGGGCCACUCGCGGCGCCGCGCGGCCGCCACCCUCAAGGGCAUUAUGCGCAACGACCCCUCAAGGCCGUCGGCUCUGUUCAGCGAUGCGCGAGAAGUACAGAUGCAAUACACGGACGACGACCAUCACAGGGCCACGCCGUCCAGACGUAAAUGGUGCAUCCCCUGGGCCUCCGAAGGUUCGUUCGCGUACCUCCGAUUAUCUGCCGAGGCUCUCGAGCGAGAGGAGGAGUCUCAUUGGCCGGAGGACGGCGAGUCGUUCGCCGGCCGCCGCGCGGCCGCGAUCCGCCUCGUGCUCGAGACGGCGGUCUACCACGGCGUCGCGUCGAUCGAGGGCACGAACAGGGACGUCGAUGGCCACGAGACCGUCGCCCUGGUCUCCGUCGCGCGGCCGGCUGCGCGGUGCUCGCCGGAGGCCGCCGAGGCGCCGCGCGUCCUCUUCGUCGUCAGCUCGGCAGAGGCCACGACAGGGAAGGGUUGCGGGGACGGGCAAGUUUACGAGAGCCUUGGCGUGUAUGCGGUGCUGGGCGCCGGGGGAAACGAGCGGCGCGCGGCGUUGGUCGACGCGGCAUGGGAGCUUUUGGAUCCCGAAGGGACGGGCUUCGUCGAGCUGGCAGCGUUCUCUGACGCGCACGACGCGUCACGCCAUCCUCGCGUAUGUGAAGAUGGCGAAGUUAAUGAAUGGCAAAAGGAAAGGCAGGAAAAAGCGUUGCGGGUGUGGUGCAAGCGCCACGCGGGACUCGACCGCGCGGGCCACGUCUCGCGGCGCGAGUUCCAGACGUAUUACGCCGAGUGCCCCGAGAACGACGACGAGGCCUUCGAGCGGCGGCUCGACGUGUGGACUGCCGGGGAGACGCUCUCCGUCGAGCGCUCGUCCGAUCCCGCUGCCCCUAGCCCGAUGCGGCCAUGCUCGCGGCUCGUCCGGCUCGUCCACACGUUCUGGCCGCAAGAAGACCGGAACUUUGACAACGGCGACGACCACGAAUACCUCCACACCGCGACACACGAGACUUGCGAGGACGUGGCCGAGCUCCUCGGCGUGUCUUACUUUGACCUCGGUCAUGUAAUCAAGGCCGUGGCGCUCGUGGCGAACCUGCGCGGCCGCGCCGACGACCAGUGGGAGCACCUCGAACGCUCGUCGAAGCACUACGCCCCACCCUCCCGUCGUUCUGAGCGCCUACGCUAUUCCGAGUUCUGUGACGAUUUCCCCCGCUUCGAGCGGGACACGGGAAAAAGCGAGAAGUGGGACGGGACCGUCUAUUACCCGGAGGGCAAGGACCUCUUCUACCGGGUACCCGGAGGAGGCAGUCGCGACAUGAACGGCUCGUCGCGCGCGGCGGACCACGAGUUCUCGUAUCGCCACGAGUCGGCCCACGGCCUCCUCCGCCGCGUCGUGGACGAGGUCUCGACGCGCGUCGACCUGGCGUCGUGCGCGUCGCUGGAGACGCUGCACGACAAGCUCCGCGGGUGGCGCGAGGUCGUGCGCGCGCGGCUCCGGCGCGCCAAUCCCCCCAUUCCACAACCGUGGAUGCCCUCUGGCGACUAUUUCAAGUUCGAGAUGAGCACGCAACCGUGGCGCGGGGUCUAG